UGGCUGCCCCAGCGAGUGGUAAACAGAGACGUCAGGCGGGGGCUGCUGCUUGGAGCAAAACAAAAGGGAAACCCGGGGGGCGGGGGGUGGGGGGGUCCGAUAGGGGAUUCAGUUCUGGAGUAGGGGAACCUUGACCCUAUCAAGAGUGACCUGGAGGGAAGAGGCGAGGGGAGGGAGAGCCAGGGGAGGGACAAGUGACGCCCGGGAGCGGGGCGUGGGGGAGGGCAGCGAUCCGGGUGGAGGAAAUUUGGGAGGAGUGUCCGGGGGGCAGCAACUUGAAAGGGGGAGGGAACUUCGCUGAGGAGACGUUCGGUGAUGGGAGCGCAAUGUAUGAGGGGAUACGGUGCCUCAGGUUUAAAAGAGCAGGAAGCUGAGUGAGAGGGUGCAGAAAGUGCCUUCGCUAGGCGGAGGUUACAGGUGGUGCCUCAGAGCGCUACUCUGAGGCUGCAGCCUGUAGUCCGGAGGGGAUCGAAGCACCGAGUGGAAGGGACAGUUUAGGGGCUGGAGUCCUGAGAGGAGGGAGAAGUUCGUGACUUUCUGAGAACUGGAAAGAAUGUGUUUCCCCCCUUGGGGGAGGCAUGGUGAGGGACUGUGGCAGGCUCCACUGAACGCUGAGCUGCAGAGGUUCGACCCCACGUAUGGAGCCAGAGAAUAAGAAGUCAGCCACAGAGGCUGCCGCGAUCAUAGACCUCGAUCCCGACUUCGAACCCCAGAGCCGUCCGCGGUCCUGCACCUGGCCCCUUCCUCGACCAGAGCUCGCUACGGAGCCACCCGAACCGUCCGAGGUGGAGCCCAGUCUGGGACAGAAGGUACCCACGGAGGGACACUCCGAACCGACCCUGUUGCCCUCUCGGCUCCCAGAGCCGGCAGGGGGCCCCCAGCCGGAAAUCCUGGGGGCUGUAACAGGUCCUCGGAAGGGAGGCUCCCGCCGGAAUGCCUGGGGAAAUCAGUCAUAUGCAGAACUCAUCAGCCAGGCCAUUGAAAGCGCCCCGGAGAAGCGGCUGACACUCGCCCAGAUAUACGAAUGGAUGGUCCGCACGGUGCCCUACUUCAAGGACAAGGGUGACAGCAACAGCUCGGCAGGAUGGAAGAACUCCAUCCGUCACAACCUGUCUUUGCACAGCAAGUUCAUCAAGGUACAUAACGAGGCCACCGGCAAGAGCUCUUGGUGGAUGCUGAACCCCGAUGGCGGCAAGGGUGGCAAGGCACCCCGGCGCAGGGCUGCCUCCAUGGAUAGCAGCAGCAAGCUGCUCCGGGGCCGCAGCAAAGGCCCCAAGAAGAAGCCAUCUGUCCUGCCAGCUCCACCUGAAGGUGCCACUCCAAGGAGCCCUCUGGGCCACUUUGCCAAGUGGUCGAGCAGUCCUUGUCCUCGAAAUCGAGAAGAAGCUGAUGUGUGGACCACUUUCCGUCCACGAAGCAGUUCAAAUGCUAGCACUGUCAGCACUCGGCUGUCCCCAAUGAGGCCGGAGUCUGAGGUGCUAGCAGAAGAGGAAAUGCCAGCCUCAGCCAGCAGCUAUGCAGGGGGUGUCCCUCCCACCCUCAGUGAAGAUCUAGAGCUGCUGGAUGGGCUCAAUCUUGCAUCUCCCCAUUCCUUGCUGUCCAGGAGCAAUCUCUCCAGCUUCUCUUUGCAGCAUCCUGGGCUUGCUGGCCCCUUACAUAGCUAUGGCGCCUCCCUCUUUGGCCCAAUAGAUGGGUCUUUGUCAGCAGGAGAAGGGUGCUUCUCGAGUUCCCAGUCUCUAGAGGCUCUGCUCACCUCUGAUACACCACCACCUCCUGCUGAUGUUCUCAUGACCCAGGUAGAUCCUAUCCUGUCUCAGGCUCCUACACUUCUGUUACUGGGAGGAAUGCCUUCCUCUAGCAAGCUGGCCACAGGAGUCAGCCUGUGUCCUACGCCGCUAGAGGGUCCUGGUCCCAGCAACCUGGUUCCCACCCUUUCUGUGAUGGCACCACCUCCAGUCAUGCCAGGUGCUCCCAUCCCUAAGGUCCUGGGAACCCCUGUGCUUGCAUCUCCUACUGAAGAUUUCAGCCAUGACAGAAUGCCUCAGGAUCUGGAUCUUGAUAUGUACAUGGAGAACCUGGAGUGUGACAUGGAUAACAUCAUCAGUGACCUCAUGGAUGGUGAGGGACUGGACUUCAACUUUGAGCCAGAUCCCUGAGUCACAGCAAGAAGCUUUGUCCCCUGCUUCAGAGGUGGAGCCGGAGCCGAGCCUGUCCUUAUCCACUUUUCCCCCUUGAGCCCUCCCCAGGAGUCUGGGACCCUACGUUAGAGCUAGGGAUAGGUGGUCACACACUCAAGUGUUGAGGAAAUUAUAAAGAUACAUCAAUGACAGUAGGGAUUGUGAAGGAGGGUGAUGGGAGGAAGGAGGGAAAGGCUUAUUCUCACUGUGCCAAUUAGGGGGUAAUUAUGGUCCUUUCUCAGGGGCCACCAUUGAUUUCCCCAUUACACCUCCUAGGCCUUGAAGCAGGGGCCAGCAAUGCUGUUGGAAAUGUGAAGUCACCAGUGGCCUUAUUACCCUGCCUUUGGGAGCAGGAUCAUUAUUAUUAUUAUUAUUAUUUUUGGUAGAGAGAGUCUUACUAGAGCUGGGCCAGGCUGGGUUGAGCCUGGAUUUUUAUGCAGUGGGGUGGGUGGGUGGGGGUUGGGGACCUAGAAGGGCCAAGUUUUGAGCACUGGAGUGGCUCACCAGGCCAAAUCACUUUUGAAAGGAUGCAGAUAACAGACAGGCUUUUUAUAAACUUUUAAAGAAAUAUAAACACAAAUAUAGAGAUUUUUAACAGUGGUGAGGUGCUAGUGAGGGGGAGAAGGCUUUUUUUCUUUCCGAAGGCUUUGUCAUAGUGACAUGAUACAAACACUACAGACUCUUACGGAGGAGACACAGGAAGCUAGGGAAAGGUGGGUAGCAAGAGUGACUGGAAGGAAGCGUUCCCCCUUGGACCAGGUCUAGAAAAAGCUCUAUACAUAGUUUUAAGCACAGAAACCUAAGCCAGGUCUCUGCAUUCUGUCCACUAGUGCCUAGAAGAGGGUGCUGUUGUGGGGCAAGCACACUCUUGUUUCACCAGUGCGGGUUAGUGCUCCCAGAGAGAGCAUCCAAAGCCUGAAAUUGGCUUGGGGCCUGGGAGGGGCGUGAAAGAAGGAAGGAUUUAGGGUAGUAAAGUUAGGUACAGAGACCUCCCUGUUCAAGGCCUGGGACAGCUGUCCCUGCCCUUCUUCCCAGUCCUGGUCUGCCAGGGUUAUGUGAAGACCAUAGUGGCAGGCAGGGUUGUGGGGAGGAACAGGGAAGGGGGAGCUUGGGGAGUUUGGCUGAGGGUCUGGGAAAUGAGCAGGGAUGGGGGGAAUGUGGAUCAGGUUUACUAGCACCUGCCAGAGAGGCCAUCUGGGGCUCCUCCACCCCAGCCCCCAAGCAGCCCCUCCCCCAGCGCCCUUUGCAUUGUCCCCUCCCCCACUCCUGCUGUGGGUUCCCAUCAUUUCCUGUGUCAGCGCCUGGCCUACCCAGAUUGUAUCAUGUGCUAGAUUGGAGUGGGGAAGUGUGUCAAAUCAAUAAGUGAGUUCAAUAAAUGUCUAUAAUCAGA